AUGUGGGAGGGCGACGCGCGUCGGCUCGGCACCUCCGAGGAGGAUCGAAUCGCGACCGCGAAGAAGAACAUCGCGGCCAUCGCGGCGUCGAAGCUCUGGGUCGACGCGCACGCCCCGAAGCUCUUCACGGAGUUGCUCUCCCCGGAGCAGACGAACCGCGAAGUUCUCCAUUGGCUCAAGGCGUGGGACGGGAUCGUGUUCAAACGCGCGCCGCCAAAGCCGUACAAGAAGGAGUACAAGAAGAAGGACGCGGGCGCGUUUAACACGCACGUGCCGUUGGACGAGGAGGGGCGACCGGUGCACAAGAUUUUACUCCUCAGCGGCGCGCCCGGGGUUGGAAAGACGACGCUCGCGCACGUCGCGGCGAAGCACGCGGGGUACCGGGUCGUGGAGAUCAACGCCAGCGACGAUCGAAACGCGGAGACGCUCAAGAGGCGAGUGACGGACGCGUGUCAGAUGCGGUCGGUCGUCGGCGGCGGCGCGGGCGCGAACAAGCCGAACUGCGUCGUGAUCGACGAGAUCGACGGCGCGCUCGGCGGCGCGGAGGGUAAAGGCGCGAUCCACGCGCUGCUGCAGAUUAACGCGGACGAGGACGCGCGGGAGGAGGCGGGCAAACGCGACAAGUCUUCCUCCGGCUCCGGCGGCUCGAAGAAGAAGAAAGGCCCCGGGCCGCUGAACCGCCCGAUCAUCGCCAUCUGCAACGACCUGUACGCUCCCGCGCUGCGUCCGCUGAGAGAGAUCGCGAAGGUGUUCCGCGUCGGCGCGGCGAACAAGUCCGCCAUCGCGUCGCGCCUCCGUCGCGUGUGCCUCGAGAAGGGCGUGCGCGCCGAC